CUGGGUCCCAAGUCUGGGUCCCCCCAACUAGGAUAGCUCCGAUCCAACCAAAGUGUUUCUUCGAUUCUUCCGGGAUGUCUUGGAACUUGCGAUAUAUCUGUGAUUAUCCUUCCCUUUUUAUGCAACUCAAUUCGGCGCCGUUUCUCGGCAGCAUUUGUUAAGCGUUCCGCAGGAAUUCCUAGCUGACAUUUUAUUUGGAAGUUGUCUCGAUCUAUAAAGGAGGUAUUGGCAUCUUUAAAGCUUGAGGCAUCGGCGCAUCCUUUGCGACAUUGUUGACAGUGCGUCUUGAAUUCUGUGGAAAACUUGGGAUUACGGAAGAAUAUUUUCGCCUCAACUCUUCUUUGAUCUUUUAUGCUGAUCGAAACUUUCUGGGAUUAUUUUCCUCUUAUGCGAGCAAGUGACUGUGCGUGUUACAUGUUCUCCGGUUAACGAGUGGCUAUAGCAUCUCAAAUGUCUAAUAUUUUACUGCGAGGAAUUCUAAAAUUCCGGUGAUCUACUGUAUUUCCCCGCAUUCGAGCCAAUUUUCCCUGAUGACAUAAUUCUGCGCGUUUUCUGGAGGGAAUUAAAAGUGGAUAUGAGAACAAUGUAUGAAGAAGUUCUAGAGGUUGAACGUUGUUCCAUUUUCCUCGCGCUGGGUUCUCCCCUUCUGAUUUUUGUGUUGUGUGAAGUGCGAAACGAAACGAAAAAGAGGAGAAUUUAUGCGCUGUAUGUUUUUGCAUGUCAAACAAAAGAGUGCGGGCUUGUCGAAAGUGGCUAUUCAAGUCGCGUUAUGAGGGAGUGUAGCAGUGAACUCCCGUCCCGGCGUUUCAAGCUGGUCUUUCAACCGCCUAUUUUGAAUCGAUCUGUGGAAAUUGGCACCACGCCGCCGCCGCUUUUCGAAGAGGUUCUCGUCACACUAUAAAAGAGCACGAGGCGAAAAGCGAGAAAAAUCGUCAGAAAGAAACGAGAGGAGGAGACAACAAACGAAGAGACUCUUCCGCAGUUUUUUUGUGUGUCCAACAAAUUUGUCUUCUUUGGAUUGUUGUAUAAUCCGAGGAGGAGACGAGAGAAACGAUGUCGACUAAGGACUCUAUGAUGCACGGCGUCUUUGGCAUCAAAUCACCUGCGCACUUCGACCGGCUCUUUGCUGGAGUGUCGGGUGGAAUCGCGUCCACGCUUUUGCUGCAUCCGUUGGACGUCGUCAAGACUCGAUUUGCAGUGGAUGAUGGCAGAGCACCAGCCUCAUCAUCACCAGCACUGCGCCCCACCACCACUGCUUCCGUGGUGGCCAAGAAUAGGGUGAACACCGCCCUGGCCUACCAAAAUGGCAGCAGCGUGUUGGCAACCCUGAAACUCAUUUUCCGUGGGGAAGGAGUCCCCGGACUCUACCGAGGCGUCAUGCCUAAUGUUUUCACUUCCGGCCUUGGCUGGGGCCUCUACUUCUACGCCUAUGACAACAUGAAGGCGUGGCUGAAGCCGCCGACAGAGGGCGCUGCUGAUAAGCCACUCAGUCCUGGCCAGCAUCUCGCAGCUGCCACUUGGGCCGGUGUCGUGUCCCUUAUUGCUCUCAAUCCGAUUUCGGUCGUCAAAACAAGGAUCAUUAUUCAGAAAGAGAGCCCCACAGCCCUGGUGUCAUCCUCAGCUAGAGGAGGAGCUACUGCAGCAGUGCACUACACCAACUCUUUGGAUGCUUUUUUGAAAAUCUACAAGUUUGAAGGACUCAGAGGUCUCUACAAGGGUCUGGUCCCGGGUUUCUGUGGUGUGAUCCACGGAUCCCUCCAGUUCAUGGCCUACGAGGAGCUGAAGCAGGCCUGCAACUCGCACAACAACCGCCCGCACAACUGCCGCCUCUCGUCGGCCGAGUACCUCUGCUGCGCCGCCGUUUCCAAGAUGUUCGCCGCCGUUCUCACGUAUCCACACCAGGUCGUCCGAGCCCGUCUCCAGGACCAGUACAAGUCCUACGACGGCCUGGCCGACGUCGUGCGUCGCACUUUCCGCGAAGAAGGACUCCGGGGUUUCUACAAGGGACUGGCGCCGAAUCUCAUGCACGUCACGCCCAACAUUUGCCUGGUCUUCAUCAUUUACGAGAAGCUCACCGAAGGCAGUCGAACAGGCAGAUGAUGAUGGAUGACCUGACAUGACAUGACCGACCGACCGACCCCCUCCAGAUGCUCUUUUCUUCUUCAAACGGAGGACCCCGUGCGAAACCCCCCCAUUCGAAUUUUCCAUUCCAUAUGUACUCUACUGUACUGGAGAAGACGGCGCAGGGAAAUCUUGAGUCUCGUGGCAAAAAAAAAAAAAAAAAAAAAAAGCGUCCUAGUCCGUUUUUUUUUUCGGGACAACUUGUGGAUUUGAUGCUGACAAGAGGAGCUUGAGAGCGUUUGUUUAUUCGUGCUGUGUGCUGUUUUGGUGAGUGACCGAUCUGGAGGAAAAUAUUUCUUGCUAGCAUGUGACAAAUGCCGUAGGCAACCCUUCGUAAUAGCUUCACUUUAAUUGCAUCUGGUGUAUGAAAGAUUAAUUUCAAUUUCUUGGAAUGGAGUAAGAUGUCAGAUGGGUGUUGUGUUAAAUUCUACUCAGCACUAUAGGUCCAGCAUUUCUUCGUGGAUUUUCAAGGGGGAAAUGCGGACGAUUUUUUAGAAUGUUUUUGAAGACUCCUGUUUCGGAAAAGAUUUUUUCGAAAAUAAGGUUAUUUGUCAGAAUACUUGAAUGAUUUGUUACAUUUUAAUCCGGUUUGUUGCUUACUUCCGCCAUGGUUGGUUACAUAUAGUGAGUUAGGUUUUGGUCAUUCACUUCUACAGCGCAAUUUCCUUCUUCAAUCAAUUGAAACUUGAACUGAUCCGGAUGAUGAGAUCUCAGCAGACGAUUGUUUGGUUUAUUUUUUUUCUUUCGCGACGGAAAGAAUCUUUUCUUGUGUAUUGCGAAUCAUCAGUCCUCGCAGUUGCUCACUCUCAGAGAGGAAGAAGAAGAAAAAAGAGUCAUUCGUGCGUGCAAUAAUUUGUAAACGGCAAAGGAGAUGAACGUGGCGAAGAAGAUGUGAUGAGUUUUUCGUGAUGGUAUGGAUUUAUUAAUUAUGCAUCAAUGGAACAGAACAUUAUUACAAAUUUGCCUUUUUCGCAUUGAAUAUGUCUCAAGAAUAAGUGGGCUUCUGAGAAAAGAGGAAAACAACCGUUUCAGGAAUGCAACAAAGAACUUUAAAAAAUACAGUAAUGUUUAUUUGCUGAAUGCCGGGAAAAAUUACUUGUACGCUACUGUACUGUAUAGUAUACAAAAAAGGGCUGGGGGUCAAUAAGGUUGAGAAGUUUGAACUAUAGAGCAUUUUGACUCCACAUGACUCAAUAUAAUGAGAUGCAUUUUUUUUAAACUUUUGAAUUAUCC